GAGAAUGAGAUAGAGAGAAGUCAGAGAACAGAACAGUCUUCGAUUUUAAUUUAGGUUUCUUCUUCGCUCACCCCAAUUCUCACAGUCGCGUGACUCGCCAUAGCUUCAACGCCGACGAGGUUAGCCAAUUUCUUCUAGCUGACCAUCGUCUGGAUUUGAUUUCGACCUCUGUUUCUGCUUCUUCUUACUUACCCAUCGUCUUGAUUAGUCGUUGAACAGAGACUCAAGCUAAAGAGUUACUUGAGUUCAUAAGUAAUCCUAAAACCCUAUAAACCCUAGCUCCUUCAUAAUGCGACCUCCAUUCAAUUCCUUCCAGCCUCAAGGUCGACCUCAUCGACCGCAACAGCAACAACACCAGAACAAUGGGUAUUCUAAUCACCACCAACGUAAUGGGUAUCAGAACCCAAUGGAAGCUAAUCAAUUAAGGAUGAUGAAUCCACACAUGAUGAGUAAUCCAAUGAUGGGUCACAUGAACAAUCCGAUGCCUAUGCCUAAUAUGCCAAUGCAUCCUCAGUUCUUUAAUAAUCUCCCCAAUAUGCCUCAACAUCAACAGCAACUUCAUCAGUUUGCUGCUAUGCCCAACCAUAUCAACCAGUUACUUCCCAACCUCUUGGGGAAUCUUCAAUUUGCAGUUGCUAAUAGUAAUCUUAUGGCUCACUCACUCCCCUUAGUUCAGCCCCAAUUUUUCCAGCCACAGCUUAAUUCCUUUAACCCCCGUCCUUAUCCACCAGUUCCAAAUCCCCAUCAAAAUCAUCAGUUACAGCCUCCGGGUUUCUCAGAGCCAAGACCACUGACCGGAGGAAUUGUUGAUAAUACCAAUGGUUCCGGCUCUAAAGGGAAUGAUUUUCGAAAUAAGUUUACAAAACAUCAAAAGUUCAAAGGCCCUGGUCAAGGAUUCCAGAGAUCUCAGUUGCAUAAAGCAGAUAAUGGAAAGAGGAAGUCUGGAUUCAAGGAUCACAAGGGCAAAGGGAACUAUAAUAAGAUGACAACUGGGUUCAAUGGGUCUGAUGCUGGUAACAUACCUAAUGAGAAGAAAAGAUCAUUUGCUUUGGUCUAUACACCAAAAGAAAUUAAGCAAUGGCGUGAAUCUCGGCGUAAGAAUUAUCCAACGAAACUCAACGUUGCGAAGAAAGUAAAGAAAAAUGUUUCAGAAAGCAUCCUUGACGAGGAAGCAAAAAUGCGUCGUCAGCAACUCCAGGAAGUUUUAGCAAAGCAGGCUGAAUUAGGUAUUGAAGUUGCAGAAGUUCCUUCACAUUAUUUAUCCAAUACAGAUGAACAAGUUAAUGGAGAUAGAGGAAACAACAAUGGAAAAAAUCAAUACAAUGAUCGGAAAAAGGGAAGAUUCCAGAAUAAUAGAUACAAAAAGAGAAGACUUGAUAGAAAAGAUAAGUCUGGUAAGAAAACAAGAUUUGAAGACAAAACUUCAUCUCAAGAGUCUUCCGUGAUAACGAGAGAACCUACAUUGCUUGAGAAGCUCCUAAGCGGAGACAUAAAGAGAGACAAAAGCCAAUUAUUACAGGUAUUCCGCUUCAUGGUAAUGAAUUCAUUAUUCAAGGAGUUUCCAGAGCAACCACUGAAGUUGCCGUUGAUUACGGUAGAAGAAACUGGAUGUGAACAUGCUAGGGAAGAUGAAGUUUCUUUAUGCGAUGACCUUAGUGAUGAUGAUGAUGAUGAUGAUGAUGUUGAUGUGAAUGGUGAUGAUAACUCAUGUGAUGAAGAUGUUGAUUGAUUAAUGUUCUAAGUUUGUAAGCUAAAAGAACAUGAGGAUUAAAACGAUUUAUGAUAUCGAUCUAUAUGUGUUGCCUUUUUGAGGA